AUGAGUAGCAAAAAGUCGAAGAAGGAGAAGAAGGAAGUUCUUGGUGACAUUGAUCAACUGUUUGAACUUGUCGAGAUACGUUCACAAGAUAUUUCGCAACAAUUAGUUAAAGUGUCUGAGACGAUCACUUUACUCAAAUCUCAUUUGAAUUCGUUGUCGAAUAUGGUUACAAACUCGUCGUACGAGUCAUCGUAUUCAAACACACUGAAAGCAUCGACUGCAUAUCAAACGCUAGUCAGUGACUCACUUAAAAACAUCGGCGGGAUAUUCGAAAAAUUGUCACAGGACUUGAAAUACAACUUAUCGUUGGACGAUAUCACUUGCUCGGACGACCCAGAAAUAUCAAAAAUCCACCAAAACAAGAAAUCGAAUAUAUGUAGGUAUGCAGCAAUCUCUUCAUUCGCUUUAAGAAUCGACAAGUAUUUCCCGACGAUUGGAAAAGGCGGACAGUUUGAUGCGGUGGCCAAAAAAGUGAUGAAAGAGUUUCGCGAAGAUACAGAAGCAAGUGUGUCCUAUCGGACAAAGACUUUGCGACAAAUUUUGGACGACGAAAAGACACCCCCAACCCGUCUACCUGUUGGCAUAGAGAGGAUUAUGACAACAAUAGCGAAUUCCGAAGGAGAUAAAACCACAUUAUUUCGACUGUCUUCUGAUACUGAGAGAAUAAACAAUUACUUCGAUGAAAUUAGAAUAGUCGACACAAAGACUCUUGACAACACUGUUCUAUCUUCAAUCCUCAAAAAAUUCAUACGAGACCUUCCACAACCAAUUUGGCCCGAGGAAUUCUUGCAACCACUUGUGAAAGUUAUGGAGAGCGAAGAUAAGAACAAAGUCAUCAACGACAUCAGGAGACUUAUCAUAAAAUUCCCCAUCGAGAACCAAAUCUUCAUUCGACGUCUUCUUCUUCUCUGUAAGAAUGUGACAAACACAAAGGACACAAAAAUGAAUUCGCAAGCAAUUGCGGUUUGCCUUGCUCCUGGUUUGAUGAGAAAGGCUGAUAUGGGGUUCACGUCAAUAGCAGUGAUAGCACCAGUUCUGAACAACGCAUUAUCAACAAUGAUCGACUACCAAGAGGAAAUUUUCGAAAUAGAAUCACUAAAGACCAUCGAAGUGCUUUCAGAGCAAGAGAUAUACGGAAUAUACCCGGCUCUCUUUGACGGAGUAUGUUACUCCGAUUCUCAAGACGGCCCAGCCCUCAACGUCGACCCAAAGUUCUUACGAACUUUCAAGCGACAGCGAAAGAGUAGCCUUGCUUCCAUGCAACCUUCAAACCCACUUGUCUGA